AUGGCAAAGCUGAAGACAUGGCUCAAGGCGAAGGUUGGACAUUCGCAGACCUCGAAGUCUCCGAAAGUGGCUCAUGUAUCUGCGGCGUACGCUCGAGCUCAGAAGGGUUACCUGCUUCAAGAGAAUGAUAUCGUCUCCUCCCAGCCAGUCAACAAAAUUACCGUACCAACAACGACUCCAGAAGUACAGAACGCUGUCGUCGAACCCACAGUGUGGCAGCCUCACCUUGAGCAUACUGCAACCUCGCAGGACGAUGAUUAUGCUUGUACGGCUCGAUCGGAAUGGCCAUUAGACGUAUUCGCAGAGGCCACAGCCGGAUUGAGCACUGUGACGCCCGAGGGUGCAAGUCCUGGGCCCGACCUUGUUCAUUCGAAGCCCGCUAAAGUUGUUGAGAGCAAUGCCCGUAAAGCUCGGAAGCUGAUUCAACAACAUGGAAGAAGCUCACAGAGCGCAAUCCUGUGGGCUAUCGAAGAAAGACAAACGCGCUCAACCGCCAUCCUCCUGGAUCAUGGUCUCUUAAAUGCAGAGCCCGCUCUGUUCUGCCGUUGCCUCCAUCUCUGUCUUCAAAGAGGAGACACAAAUUUGUUCACUCAAGUCUUGGCAGUCGCCGAGAGCUCAGCAUUCCUUGGUCAUUUGUUGGAGUACGAGCCCAACCUGCAAAUAGUGGCAGCAAAUGUAGACGCUGAUCGUCUACUCGGUCUACUUCAAAAAUUGAAUCCUUAUCAUCGACAGCGAGUCUUGUAUACUGCUUUAGAGAGCGAAAAGACCGCGGUCUUGAAAGCCCUUCUGUGGCUCGGAAUGGAUGCAAAUACGUGCUACCAAGGUCAUUCCAUUCUCUCAGCAGCUAUAUGGAGGAGGAACAGAGGUUUCGUAUCCAUUUUGCUAGAUCAUCCUACUACCGAUGUCAAUGCGCUUGGAAUGGUCUCGCUAGAAGAGCCAUGUCUCCGACCACCGCUUGAAGUUGCACUACGUCUCAAUGAUCCAUCCAUGACCGAGAUGGUGCUUGCGUGUCCUUCUAUCGAACUCAAUAAGGCCGACCAUAAUGGAGACACAGCCCUCAUUGCUGCGGCUCGGCAGAAUUGCCCCCAGCUUGUUAGAACUCUACUUGGAAAAGGUGCAGACGUCAAUGUUUUGAGUCGGUACGGUAAUACGGCAUUGCAAUGGUGUGCUACACACGAUGACCCUGUCACCCUUAAGCUGCUGCUCGAUCACGGUGCUCACACAAAUAUUGCUGAUGAUGACGGAAAUGCAGCAUUGCAUCUAGCCGCAAUGCGUAAUCGUCCGCAGCACAUAAGAUUGCUGAUAGAACGAGGCGCCGAUAUAAAAACAAUCAAUAAGAAAGAUGAGACAGUAUUACACCUUGCCGUAAAGCCAAAGGCUACUCAGGCCCUUGGGAUCUUGCUUGAUAUGGGUGCGCAUCGUGACUUAGCUGGCAAAGAUGGAAAUACAGCAUUACACGUGGCAGCAAAAUUUGAUUGCCCCAAUGCUAUCAAGGUAUUGCUAGAGAAGGGCGCUAAUCCACUCAAGAAGAACAAAGACGGCAAACAACCGAUUCAUGUUGCUGGCGAUGAAGGACAUGUGAUCUGCUUCAACUUAUUCCGUCAACAUGCAGGCUUAAAGCCACUCAAUUCGAACAACCGCCCUUUUAGCUCGGAUCUCUAUCCAGAUCUCAAUAUUCCAAAUACGAAUCCGCCUAUUAAACUCACAUUCUCCUCGACAGCCGGCAAACCAGUCGGAGUGCGUCCGGCCGAUGUCAAAGGCGCCAUUGCUCAAGCGAUUGACUAUUGCGAGCGCCAAAAACCGUUCAACUUUCAUGACGAUUUCCCGCGUUUUCCACAAGAAUGGUACUUUGGCUACACAAAGCUCGAUAUGUGGCGCCAGACACAGACACAGACUUUUAGCUAUGAGACUGCGGAGAUCGUACUCAAAGCUUUUGAUAAAUAUAUUGGGUCAAAAACAAAAAAUCUCAACCUUUGGCUUGUAACAAUUGACACCCCACAAAACACGCUAGGAUACAUUGGUUUGAAGGAUCAGCAAUCACCGUAUCAUCUCGUAACGGUUUUGAUCUUCCUGUCUAAGACCUUCGCUGCACCUGGUCUUACCCCAACUUCUGGUUCUCUUGUAGCUCGUCGAGACACUGUGAGCACACCCAACGAGACAUUAGCAGAAGAUAAUUUGGGAGCGUUCGAUAACGUAUUCCAAACAAGCUCCGACAGAUGUCAAUUAGUGCAACAAGCCGAGCCGUUCCUCGACCUUGCAUUGCCGACAAAUCCUACAGCAGGCCCAAGGUCGAAAAGAGCUCUCAAUGAUAACCAAGGUACCACUCUCGUGGUCACAUCAGACCCCGACAGCUGCGUUCAAACCACGAGCGGCGGCCUCACAUAUCCAAUCCACAUCCUCAACCCCGCCGACCUAACCUCUCUCCUCCAAGACGCCAAAACCUGGGCACAAGGGCAGCAAGCAGCCGGAGCCACCGGAAAUGAAACGAAUGAGAAUUACUACCAAUUCUGCUCCCACAAUCUCGCCCUGUCGACAAUCGCCUACAAAACUUCCCCAACAAGCCCUCGCUUCGGUUUCCAAGAAUACCACAACAUCGCCUCCACCCUCCUAAAACAAUCCCUCGCCAACCCCUCCAAUGGCACAACCUUCGUCGGCACCCUCCUCUCCUCCUCCCACGACCCCUACGCGGACAUCCUCAUAACCCCUUGCCUCUCCACGAACGACAUCUCCCCCUCCGCCACCCCUCCUCUCAACACAAACCCCAACUCCCAAGCGCCCGACAACCCAACAUACGCCGACUCCCUCCCCUCCCUCCCUCCCGCCUCCGCCUCCGCCUCCCCCGUCGCAAUCGCAAAACGUUCUCGCCCCCAUGGCGAUGGGCAUCUCAUCCCCUCCACCCACGACCUCUGGAUCACAAGCUACACCACCACCAUCAGCGUGGAGAAGAAUAGCAUGUACGCGCUCAUCGCCACGGCGAUCGAUGCGCUUGUCGCUGAUACGGGGGAUGCUAAUAAGGCUUAUGCGCAGUAUACUAUCGACCUCAGUGGGAUCGAAUCGUUACCAGACGCCCAGUCGAAUACACAGAUUUUGCAGUAUGGGCCUGAGCCACAAGGCGCGUUUAUUUCGAAGGCGGAAUUGUUGAGGGUUCUAAGGCCGUUGAUGAGGAUGGCGGAGGGGGAGGGAUGGAGGACUGAGGUGGGUGAGGGGGCGGGGGGCGACGACGGCGAUGCAUUUUGUGGUGCAACAAGGGGAGGGGGGCAGGUCGUGGGGAGGCUGGGGUGGGGGAAUGGGUUGUAUAGAUUUUGGGGGGAUGAGGGGGGAAACGGGGGGAGGAGGGUCAAUGCUUUUAGAAUGGUGGAGGGGGUGGGGAUGGGCUUUAUUAGAGAGAGUGGGGGAGGGAAGGGGAAGGUGAAAGGUGAAAGGGGGAGGGUGAUGUAG